AAGCAAAGAAACACAAAGGCUCACGGGAGUUAGACAAUGAACAGACCUUCCCUAGCAGAUCAUCUUCUGCGUUAUGGAAUGAGAAGGAAAAUGUUAGAACAAUAACUUCCCUUUUGUGUACCGAUCAGACAUUUCCAUUGGUUCACAAAUGUAUGGUUUUCUGAGUGAAUGCCGUGAUCGUGCCGUGACCUUUCUUGGUGCAACAGUGUGAAGUGAAGCCGAGGCUCUUUGGUCACUUCCUGUAGCGCUGAGCUCCGGAGCAGAGCUUCCUGUGUCUGCAGGUCUGCUCUUGAAGCACUAAAACCACCACAACCACCGUUGGAGGGAAAUUUGUAACAAAACUAAAUUUGGAUUUCAGUUUUUCUAAGUAUUUAAUCCCCAUCUGUCUGCAGAUCAUUUUGCUUAUUUAAACUAACUAGAAAAAGAGAAAUAAAGUCUCAAAAUGGAGCCAUUUUGCUUCAGUAACCACAGCGCAACUUAAAGACGGCGUUUAACUCUCAGGCGAAGUUGAACAAGGGACACAGUAUGCUCCGAUUUAACGGACCUCAGUCUGCAGUGAUGAAGGAAAAGAGGGAGGGGAGAAAAAGAUCACAUGGCCACGAAGUCAUUCUGAAAGUAUGCUGGCGGAGGAUUGCCCACGGAAAUAUAAAAACUCCUUCGCAGUGAGCGUCCGUGUCCACGCAACGAGCAUCAUAUGCAGAGUUCGGAGUCAAUCGGACUUUUUUGGUGGAUACGAAACGGGAGACGAGUGGGUGAAGAAAGCAAAUAUGUCCAAUCACAGCGUGUUCCCCGUCUCCGAGAGCAUCGAAGCCAACACCAUCACCUCCAGGGCCAACUCCGUCUACAGCUUCUUGGCAGGCUUGGGCUUGCUGGCCGGCUGCUUCCUGCUCUACAGCUUCCUCCAGACCUACAGGGCCCGGCGGCGGCUGGCUCGGCUCGACUGCCUGCUCUGGGCCUUCGGCGCCCUGCAGCUGCUGCUGCUGCUGCUCUCCCUCCAUGCGGCGGCCUACAGACCCAAGUACCUGCGCGCCACAGGUCUGGGCUGUGCUGCGCUCUCCUUCAGCGUCAACGCCGCCUCUCUGUGCAGUCUGUUGGUCCUGGUGCUCAUGGCGUACGUCCUGACCCUCGACCCGCCAUCCCACCCCCUGCUGAGGAGGCCUCGGGUCUGUGCGGCUCUGGUGAUCCUGACUUCCAUCCUGAUUUCUCUACUGCUGUCUGGGCUUCGUGGACCCAGAGAUAAUCUGCAGGAAGAACGCAAGUGUGUCAUGGAUCCCGUCCGUGCCGGCGUGCCGUACGCAGCGGCUCGGCUGUGCCUGGCCUUUCUGAUUCCCUACGUCCUCCAACUGGGUCUCCUGGUCGGUGGCUGCGUCCGGCAGUGGAAAUCAAAGGGCCGGUUCCUCUCCGGCUCCGAGGAGGGUCCGGUGUUCCUGGCGGUCGCUCUGGUCACGUUCUUCUGCCAGCUCUUCUACAGCGUGGCGCUGGUGAGAGGAGCCCUGCUGCAGCAGCAGCGAGCGGACCUCCAGACCCCGUCGCCGCGGGAACAAGCGUUCCUGAGCGUGGCCGAGUCGGUGCUGUUCUCGGGGAGCGCCGCCAGCCUCCUGCUCGUGCUGCUCGUGCACAGGCCGUGUCGCGUGAGUCUCCACGGGGCGAUCCGGCAGCUGAGGGACUGCUGCCGGAGCCCGGGGCGCACGCAGCCACACAGAAACAUCAUCGCGCCGCACGUCGAGGUCACAGACACUCUGCAGGACAUGGAGGCGUAGAGGAUCAGGACGCUCGCAUACGAGGGCACAACUCUCCUGAUGCAAUGAACACUUCUCAAACCAGAUGUUUCAGACAUAUUCCUCAUGUUUUUAAUGCUUCUUUUUCAUUUCAGUGACAAUCAACAACAAAAAAUUCUUCUCCUUUUUAUAGUAGUUAAAAAAAAUACUUUUCACAAAUUGUUGUACAUCUUACAGUUCUUAGUCAUUUUGCAAUAAGAAUUUUUGUAUAGUUUGUCUACAUUAACUAUGAUUGAUGUCAUUAAACAAGAACUUACUGUU